ACAGUAUACCAAAAAUGGCUUACCUUGGGCUAUAAGUACUCUUAACCGGUUCUACGGGAUAUGCCUCCCACCACAGUCGGCCAGGGAAUGGAGCUUCCUUCCACAAGAUCAUCUCAGCUUCAUCAAAUUAGUCGAAAAGGAAAAUAUGUACCACCUCCACUCGGACGUGGCAUCGCAGACAGUGACCAAUGCCCUCAUCAAAUGCAAUAAGAAGCCUUAUCUGGAUGCAUUCUCCGACAAGGUCGCCAGUCAGGUCGAUCAGAUCAUACCGUCCGCGUUUUCCGUGAGCCCCGGCGAAAAAGGAUGGCAGGUGAUCAAUGUCUUGGAAAGAAUAAGCUAUAUCAACUCGCGGAUUAUGAUUGCGUGCAUCAUGGGCCCUGAGUUUGCAUUGGACCAAAAGCUCCUUGAGCUUUACAUGUCCUACCACUCUUCGAUAAUGUCCCAUACAAGCAUGUGCGUCAGAUUCCCAAGAGCCGUGCAUUCCCUAAUCUCACGGUUUGCUCCGGCAAAUCGGAAAAUGAGGACAAUCAUGAACGAGCUCAAGAGCAGACUCAUCCCUGAGAUUCGCUGUCAGGUGCGUCGAUUACGCUCCGAAAAGUCUGAAGAUAGGUCCUGUUCGCUACUGGAUGCCGUGGUCGAGGAGUGUAUGGCUGAAAACACAAUUGGUCGUGAGACCAGGUACUACGAUGAGGAAAAGCAAAUCAGCCGGAUAGCUGACAAGAUCAUGUUCCUUCACUUUGAAACUGCUCUACCAAUCACAGUGAUCCUGUCUGCAAUGAUAUACCGCAUCAUGGUAAAUCCAGAGUGCAUCGCACCUCUCCGUGAGGAGCUACAGGCAGCCCUGCCCGCGGGACAAUGUACCUGUCCUGACGUGAUGAACCAAUGCCCCAAGCUGGAGAGCUUUAUGCGUGAAACCCUGCGUCUUCACAGCUCCAGUCUAUACUCCUCGAGUCGUCUUGUGAUAAAACCGGUUCACAUCCCUUCCCUUGGCCGCACUUUUCCCCCGGGGUCGAUCCUCACGCUGCCAUGGUACUGGAUGGCCCGAGAUCAGGAUCUGUAUCCAAGCCCGGAGAGGUUUGACAGCCACCGCUUUUACGAUGCGUCCUCGGGGUCCUGUACUGCCCGUGUUACGACCACAUCCGACAAAUUUCUAGCCUUCGGAUACGGCACCAGCACCUGUCCAGGUCGCUUCAUGGCGAGCAGAGUCAUCCAACCCGUCUUCGCCAAAAUCCUCCUCGACUUCGAUGUCACUUGCAUGCCUGGCGGACAGGAAAUUCCUUUCAAUAUCUUUACGAGUGCGUAUUUCUUUCAAAAUAGUGAAAUUGAGGCGCGAAUCCGGCCUCGUGCCGCGAAGAUGUAGCCCUCGCCGG